AUGUCUCGUUUUCCGAGGGGACUGAAGUUCAUCCUGGUGUUGGUGACGAUCCUCCAGGCUCUAAAUAUGAUAACGGGAAACCCCCGUGGCGGAAGCAGAAGUAGCAGCUCCAGUUCUGGAUCCAGUUCUAGAUCCAGUUACGGAUCCGGUUAUGGAUCCAGUUACGGAUCCGGUUAUGGAUCCAGCUAUGGAUCCCGUUCUGGAUCCAGCUAUGGAUCCGGUUAUAGAUCAAAUUAUGGGUCCACUUACGGUUCUGUUUCAAGCCGCUCCUACUCUCCUCCAUCCUAUUCAUCUUUGCCGAAGACCUUUUCGUUUCCUAAGAUCGACUUGGGACACAAUUUACCCAAAGGUCCUCCGCCGGCGUACUCAGCGCAUGAUACCGUGGGUGGAGCACCCACAAACAUUCGCGAGAGGCCGCCGGCAUACAAGCCCCGCGACAAGCCAUACAGAAACCCGAAUUCCGGAUCUCUGUAUCGCAACCAAUACCAAAGAUGGACUACCUCCAGCUCGAAGUCCAACCGCAAUUACCAGGACACUUAUAACUCCACCAUUGAUUAUAUGUACAGUGCCGCCACCAGCUCACACUAUCCCACAAAUGGAUAUACGUAUCUUAUUCUUAUCUCGACUUUUUUAUAUGUAUGCGGGACCUUAUUGUAAAAAACUAUGUUUAAAUCACUCAAACUUAUGUUUAGCAGUAGCAAAACAAUUUUGAUUGAAAAUUAAAAAUGCGAUAAAAAUAUUUCAAGCACUUAAGAAUACUUGUAUUCAAAGCACUGUUCCCUCAAAUAAGA